AUGAGUUUUGGGGGUUUUCUUGACAAUAGUACCGGCAGUAGUGGCGGUGCAAGAAUCGUCGCUGAUAUUCCUUAUAACCACCACCCCCACCACAACGCCAACCACACCAGUAUGCCCUCUAGUGCCAUCGCUCAGCCUCGACUUGUCACUCAGUCUCUCACCAAAUCCAUGUUCAACAACUCACCCGGCCUCUCACUCGCUCUUCAGACUAAUGCCGACGGAGGCGGAGACGCGGCGAGAAUGGCGGAGAAUUUCGAGGGGAACAACAACGUCGGCGGGAGGAGGAGUCGGGAGGAGGAGAACGAGAUCAGUAGAUCUGGCAGCGAUAACAUGGACGGCGCCGGCUCCGGCGAUGAAGGAGACGCCGCGGAUAACAGUAACCCUCGUAAGAAGAAGAGAUACCACCGACACACCCCGCAGCAAAUCCAAGAGCUCGAAGCGUUGUUCAAGGAGUGCCCUCAUCCUGAUGAGAAACAAAGAUUGGAGCUUAGCAGAAGGCUAAAUCUUGAGACCCGGCAAGUCAAGUUCUGGUUCCAAAAUCGUCGAACCCAGAUGAAGACUCAACUUGAAAGGCAUGAGAACUCUUUGCUGAGGCAAGAAAACGAUAAGCUUCGGGCCGAAAACAUGUCGAUUAGGGAUGCCAUGAGGAACCCAAUUUGCACAAACUGCGGUGGUCCGGCCAUGAUUGGCGAUAUUUCUAUUGAAGAGCAGCAUCUUAGGAUCGACAAUGCCCGAUUAAAGGAUGAGUUAGACCGGGUUUGUGCACUCGCCGGGAAGUUCUUGGGCCGCCCGAUUUCGUCUCUAGGUCCAUCAAUGGGGCCUCCACUGCCGAGUUCAGCUCUGGAGCUCGGAGUUGGGAACAAUGGGUUUGGUGGGAUGAGCUCAGUGUCUACAUCAAUGCCAUUGGGACCUGAUUUCGGAGCGGGGCUUGGGGGUGGCAUGCCACUUGUGGCUCACACAAGGCCGGUGGCGGGAGGGCUGGACGAGAGGACCAUGUUUCUAGAGCUGGCUUUGGCCGCCAUGGAUGAGCUUGUGAAGCUGGCUCAGACUGAUGAGCCACUUUGGAGUUUGGAAGGUGGGAGAGAGAUUCUGAAUCACGAGGAGUACAUGAGGAGUUUCACGCCUUGCAUUGGGUUGAAGCCUAAUGGCUUCGUUACCGAGGCUUCUAGGGAGACUGGUAUGGUCAUCAUCAACAGUUUGGCUCUGGUUGAGACUCUGAUGGACUCGAAUCGAUGGCUGGAGAUGUUCCCAUGUAUGAUUGCCAGAACUUCUACCACUGAUGUAAUUUCCAGCGGUAUGGGAGGGACUAGAAAUGGUGCACUUCAACUGAUGCAUGCUGAGCUUCAAGUCCUAUCUCCUUUGGUUCCAGUCCGUGAGGUCAACUUCCUCCGCUUCUGCAAGCAGCAUGCCGAGGGUGUGUGGGCAGUGGUGGAUGUAUCCGUCGACACCAUCCGAGACAAUUCCGGUGCACCCACAUUUGCAAACUGCAGGAGGCUCCCUUCUGGCUGUGUUGUGCAAGAUAUGCCUAAUGGUUACUCCAAGGUUACAUGGGUUGAGCAUGCGGAGUACGACGAGAGCCAAGUCCACCACCUGUACCGACCCUUAUUGAGUUCCGGCAUGGGGUUCGGCGCGCAGAGGUGGGUCGCCACCCUCCAGCGUCAAUGCCAGUGCCUUGCUAUCCUCAUGUCCUCCACAGUCCCCGCCCGUGAUCACGCCAAUACCAUCACUCAGAGCGGGAGGAAGAGCAUGCUGAAGCUAGCGCAGCGAAUGACUGACAACUUCUGCGCUGGGGUCUGCGCGUCGACGGUGCACAAAUGGAACAAGCUGAACGCCGGCAACGUGGACGAGGACGUCCGCUACAUGACCAGAGAGAGCAUGGACGACCCCGGCGAGCCGCCUGGCAUUGUGCUCAGCGCAGCCACCUCGGUCUGGCUCCCAGUCUCCCCACAGAGGCUAUUCAAUUUCUUGCGCGAUGAGCGUCUUAGGAGCGAGUGGGACAUCCUCUCCAACGGUGGGCCUAUGCAGGAGAUGGCCCACAUCGCCAAGGGCCAGGACCAAGGCAACUGCGUCUCCCUACUCCGCGCCAGAGCCAUGAACGCAAACCAGAACAGCAUGCUGAUACUACAAGAGACGUGCAUCGACGCGGCGGGGUCGCUUGUGGUGUACGCGCCGGUGGACAUUCCGGCAAUGCACGUGGUGAUGAACGGAGGGGACUCUGCCUACGUGGCGCUGCUGCCGUCGGGGUUUGCGAUAGUCCCGGACGGUCCGGGGUCGCGUGGGCCCGGCGGGGCGGAGGGGAAGGCGGGGCAGGGAAGCAGUAACGGUAACGGCGGAGAGGCGAGGGUGAGUGGAUCAUUGCUAACGAUGACGUUUCAGAUACUGGUCAACAGUCUGCCGUCGGCGAAGUUGACCGUGGAGUCGGUGGAGACGGUUAACAAUCUCAUCUCCUGCACCGUCCAGAAGAUCAAGGGCGCGCUCCAAUGCGAGAGCUGA